AUGGCAAUGCCUCCUCACCCUUGUCGCGCCAGUGGCUGCUUGGCACUGGCCGUUGCCAUCUGCAUCCUGUUGCCAGGCUGCUUCUCUAGCAAAAUUGCCCUGGAGAUCUUCGAGAGGGCGUGCCACUGCUUCGACGACCACAAUGUGUACAACGAGUGCGCGGAGGAGCUUCGGCUGGGCGUGGAGGGGGCGUUCCACGUGGGGCGGGAGAGCGUGGACGAGUACUGCGGCGGGGCCUGCCUCGCCGAGACGGAGAUGGCGCUGCGCUGCGUGGAGGAGGUCGCCCACGACGGCUUCAGGUUCUCCAACGGCGCCUCGCUGCUCGCCGUCAAGCAGGCGCUCGGCAGCGGCUGCAGCUACACGCCCGACAGAGGAACCUUCGACAUACGCGAGCGCAGGGAGUGCGGCGACGGGUACGGGUACGGCUACCACGGCUACGGCGAGCAGCAGCAGCAGCUCGGCGACGGCGAGGAGGGCGGCGACCGGCGGUACGAGUACCCGGGCGGCGCGUUCGGCAACUACUGCUCCGGCACCACCGGCGGCGGCCCGGUGCAGACGCUCCUCCUCGCCUUCUUCCUUGUCUCCGCGUCGGCACUGCUUCUUGCCGUAUGA